AUGGCUGAGUGUCGGGAUGCAGAAGCACAAGUGCUUAAGAUGACGCGGGCACGAGCAAAGGCGAUGCUCAUGGAGCUGGUUGGCGAGUACUCUACCAAAAGCUUCCAGAACAAGCUGGGCGACAUAUUGCAGAAGGAAGCCCAGCAAGGUGAAGUUUGCGACGAAUCGCCAGGCCGCUGGGCAUUGGCGGAGGAGUGCCAUGCCGACAUUUUCGCUCGAUACGGCUUCAAAUCCGGAACUGGUGUGGAGCGCCUCCGGCCCAUCGUAUUGAUCUUCCAGAAAUUUCCAGACCUCGCAGACAAGGUGCAGAAGCUGUGGAAGCUGUUAGGCUUGAAGUCCUCGCCCGCGGAGUUAUUCAUUGAGGACAAGUCGCAAGAGGUUUCGCAGGAGCCGUCUGUACCGCUGAAGACCGAGAAAAGAAUUCUGUCGAAGGCAAGGGCUCUGGCCUUUCAGGCAGAGCUCCUUGGGGCUUUCUCUGCCCCUGGUUUCCAGAAGAAGUUGGCCGAGAUGUCCAGAAAACAUUUCACGCACCUGCAAGAUGCCGACAGCAGGGCAGAGCUGGACUUAAUCUUAGAGAAGACCAAACUCGAGAUCUUGCCUGUGUACGGCUACGAGGCAUCCUCCAAGGGCCUGCAGGACAUGGACACUGACAUGCAACAGUUCGACAAUGAUGCAGACAUCUUUGUCAAUGCCGUAGCCAUCGAAGAGGCACUCUUCCCGUAUUGCCAAACGGGGCGUGCGCUGACGACGGACAAGGGGCCACUGGGCCGAACGGGAUCGAAGCCAACCACGGCUUUCACUGUUGCGAAACUGUUGCGAAAGCAGCUGGCUGCUUUCAGCAGCCCAAGCUUCCAGAACGGGAUUUCCUGCCUGAAGCGCAGUGCAGAUGUGGAGCAGGCAUGCGAAGGAUACUACCACUUGCGGGGUCGAGCCGAACUAGCCUUACCCCUACAGCGCCGAAUUCUGCCUCAGUAUGGCUUUCAGGGUUCACGUGCCGGCGUUCUGGACAUGGUAAGCCACUGCUCUCAGUUCAUCACGGAUCCUGAAGUUGCACGGCUUUUCGACGACAUCAACUUGAAACUGGGGAUGACGCCCACAGCCUGCGCGCGGUUCCGUGAUACAGCGUGCAUGCUGCCUGCAGAGGCCCCGGCAGCGUGCCAUACAACAAUCCCACGCUCUGACAUGACUGCCUCAACGGCCGAAUCUGUCAGCAUAGUUGCCGGCAGCGGCAGCAAUUGA